CCAACCUUGAAUCCAAGGGGACUGACUGACGACUCAUUCUACGGCUGAACAGCAUGCGGAAAAGUAUAUUCCGCCGAGAGUAUAUACGUAUAGCCGGCUAAUCAAUGGAUUAACUAGCUUUUCUGCCGUGGAAUCGAUAAAUCUGACGCAGCAAGUGAAGCUUAUCGAGAUGAGGAUGCCACGGCCGCCCAGGAGCCCCGGCAUUACUGCCCAGACUGGCGUCGGGGGAACAAUGGGCCACGAGGAAUGUCUAGACCUGCUCAAUCAGGCAGCCUCCAGUACUGGAAAUCACACUGGAAAGCUGGUGCGCGGAGCCCGAAACUCCUCCCCAUCGAGACAUACCGUAUGGCGGGUCAAACCCAGCAUGGCAGAGGAUGUGUCCCGUCCACAGGGUCGCCAUCCAUACCAAUGCCUGAGUCUAGUGCGUAGCGACCAGCUAGCUGCCCUGGCGCUGUCAAACGGCCAAAUUCCAGCAACAAGCCAUGCCGGACGAUCGGCUCUGCAGCCAUGGCCGAGAGAUAGAAAUGCCCAGUUGUCUACGAUCUGGGCCACGGCGAAUAUGUUGAUCAAAACCCUGGGAGGUAUAUUAGCCUACCGGAUCCGCUGAUCGACUGGGGAUUUUGAUCUUUUCCUUUGGCUCUUUUUCUCUCUCCUCCUGCCACCUCCCCCUCUCCUUUUCCGACUCCCUGGGCCUGUGCUUUUCGGAUCGGAUCAGAUUUCGUUCGUUUUGUUUGUCGUCUACGCAUCCUUGGGAGGUAGGCUAUCCCUCGUUCAGUCACUAGUCACGGUU